CGCUCUGAGCCAUGGAUACUUUGAUGGCGCUCUGCUCCUUGCUGUUGCUGCUUCUCACACAAAACGCUGCAAUCCUUGGACAGCUGGACGGUGGGAGCAGCAGGGGGAGUGGCAGCUCACCGAAUGCCAGGAUAAACGCCGUAACACCACCGCUACGCCUGCAACCGUCGACGCCAUCAAUAACGCAUUUUGUAAAUGAGUCCUUCAUCAUCUUCUGCCAGACAGUACAAAAGGAUAUCGACACCAAGUGGCGUGAUCGCGGCCAGACCCGGGAGAACACCAAGGGGCGCGUCCACAUUGAGAAGAAGACGGGUCUGCUGGCCCUCGUUUUUGAGCACAUUUCAUUGGACGACAUGGGCAACUGGACCUGUGAGGUGAACAGCAUUUCUAAUGGAAAUCGGAAUGUGAAUGUUGAACGUGAAUUUUUUACCUCCUUCGAGCUGCUCGUAAAUCAGAAAAUCUCAUUUGGCAAGACGGAGCAAGUUCAGUCGGUGCGCGAGGGACGCGAUGCAUUGGUCAAUUGCUUUGUGGAGGGAAUGCCCAAGCCGGAAGUCUCCUGGCUCCUCAAUGGCGAAUACAUAAACACCGUGAACUCAUCGAAACACAGUCGCCUGUCGAAUGGACUUUACAUCAAGAAUGUGAGCCAGGCGGAUGCCGGGGAGUAUACAUGUCGGGCGUUGCGUAUAACACCGACUUUUUCGGAUGCCGAACAAAUAACGAUAUUGCUAAGGAUACAAC